AUGGACACCUCACGGGUGCUGCCGCUCUUCCUGCUCCUAGCCUCUCGAGUUGGGGUCACAGGCCUCAGAGCCUCUGCUGGAGCUCAGCAAACCAAUGCCUCCGGGAACUCAGAAAGCUUUACCCAAGGUCCGGAUUCGAAGGCUCCUUCCCUCGAACCCCCCAGCUGGAAAUUUCUGGAUCAGGCUCCAGUCUCAAAAGCCUCCGCUAAUGUCCCUCGUUCCACAUGGUUUCCCGCAGCCCUGAAUUCGGAUGACACGCAUGGGUCUCUCUGGUCGAACGUUUCUGCUGAGGGUCAGAGUCUCAGCCUGGACCCCACCUUCUCUGAAACGCCUGGUUCCGAAAUAUUUACCGAUUACGUGGAUUCCCAAGUCCCUGCCAAAGACCCAGAGCACCCCUUCUCUGCCAAGACCCCGGCUUCAGGAAUUUCUGCUCAAGUCCCAGACCCCACAUUCUCUGCCAAGAACCUCGGCUCCGAGGUCUCCCCUCAGGACCUGGAAUUUGAAUUCCCCGUCCAGGACCCUGGAGCCAAAGUUCCUGCGGAAGCCCGCCCAGAGGCAAGCUUCCCCCAGCAGGUGGGGGGGCCUGUGGCUGUGCUGGUGGGGACCACCAUCCAGCUCCCCCUGGUUCCAGUCCCCAGCGCUGGCCCCCCGGCCCCUCUGGUGGUCUGGCGCCGGGGCUCCAAGGUGCUGGCAGCUGGGGGCUUGGGGCCAGGGGCCCCUCUGAUCAGCUUGGACCCGGCUCACCAAGACCGCCUACGAUUUGACCAAGCCCGUGGGGGUCUGGAACUCGCCUCUGCCCAGCUACACGAUGCGGGGGUCUACACGGCUGAGGUCAUCCGGGCUGGGGUCUCCCGGGAGGUGCGGGAGUUCACGGUGCGUGUGUAUGAGCCCCUGCCCAGGCUGUCGGUGCAGCCGCAGGCCCCCGAGACGGAGGAGGGGGCGGCAGAGCUCCGCCUGCGCUGCCUGGGCUGGGGGCCGGGUCGCGGGGAGCUGAGCUGGAGCCGGGACGGACGCCCCCUGGAGCCCGCGGACCCCGAGGGGGCCGAGCCGCCCCGCAUCCGCGCGGAGGGCGACCAGCUGCUCAUCGCGCGCCCGGAGCGCGGCGACCACGCCCGGUACACGUGCCGCGUGCGCAGCCCCUUCGGCCACGCGGAGGCCGCGGCCGCCGUCAGCGUCUUCUACGGCCCGGACCCGCCGGUCAUCACCGUCUCCUCGGACCGCGACGCGGCCGCCGCCGUCUACGUCCGCGCGGGCAGCAACGUGACGCUGCGCUGCGCCGCCGCCUCGCGGCCGCCGGCCGACAUCGCGUGGAGCCUGGCCGACCCGGCCGAGGCCGCGGUGCCCGCCGGCCCGCGCCUCCUGCUGCCCGCGGUGCGGCCGGGCCACGCCGGCGCCUACGCCUGCCUCGCCGCGAACCCGCGCACCGGCCGCCGCCGCCGCUCGCUGCUCAACCUCACCGUGGCCGAUCUGCCCCCGGGGUCCCCACAGUGCUCGGUCGAAGGGGCUCCCGGGGACCGCAGCCUCCGCUUCCGCUGUUCGUGGCCGGGUGGGGUCCCCGCCGCCUCCCUGCAAUUCCAGGGUCUCCCCGACGGCAUCCGCGCCGGGCCGGCGCCCUCGGUGCUCCUGGCGGCCGUCCCCGCCCACCCCCGGCUCAGCGGCGUCCCGGUCACCUGCCUCGCCCGCCACCUGGUGACCACCCGCAGCUGCACCGUCACCCCGGAAGCCCCCCGGGAGGUGCUGCUGCUUCCAGUGGUGGAGGAGACCAGGUCAGGGGAGGCUGAGGUGGCCCUGGAGGCCUCCGGCUGUCCCCCGCCUUCCAGGGCAUCCUGGGCGCGGGAACGGCGGCCCCUGGCUCCAGGAGGCGGCGGACGCCUGCGGCUCAGCCCAGAUGGACGGAGGCUCCUCAUCAGCAACUUCUCUCUGGAUUGGGACCUCGGAAAUUACUCAGUGCUGUGCAGUGGGGUGCUGGGCGCUGGUGGUGACCAUAUCACCCUCAUUGGGCCCUCCAUCUCCUCAUGGAGGCUGCAGAAAGCCCGGGACGCGGCGGUGCUGACCUGGGAUGUGGAGCGCGGGGCCCUGAUCAGCGGUUUUGAGAUCCAGGCUCGGCAGGAGGGGCCAGACCUGGGCAGAACCAGCACCUACAAAGACUGGGUCUCCCUGCUCAUCCUGGGGCCUCAGGAACGGUCAGCCGUGGUGCCCCUUCCUCCUCGGAACCCAGGGAGCUGGGCCUUGCGGGUCGUACCCACCUUGGGGAGGCGGCCAGGGAUCCCAUCACAAAGUCGCAUCUAUCAGGCCGGCCACACCCUGGGCCCCGGGGCCAUCGCGGGCAUCGUCCUGGGCUCCCUGCUGGGCCUGGCGCUCCUGUCAGCGCUUCUCCUCUGCAUCUGCUACCUGUGCCGCCGUCGGGGAGAGGCGCUGAGGAAAAAGCCGCGCCCGCCCGCCCCGACGCCGACGGGGCUCCCGCCGGGAAGGCCGACGCGGGGUGUCGUCCCGGGGCAGACCCCGCCGCCUCUGCCCCGCAAAGCCCCGCCGGAGGACCCCAGCCCCAGCAAGGGCCCCCGAGUGAGUGUGGGUGCCCCAACGCCCGGGAAGGUGGGCGCCGAGGGGGCCCCCUCGCCCCGUCGGGGCUGGUGUGAGGUGCGCUGCCCCCUGGGCCCGCUGGCGGGUUUGCGGGGUCGGCGGCUCUUCCCCCGUGGGCUUGUGUAA